AUGAACAAUGACAUCACUGAAACUGCAGCGGGAAUAAGGGCAGUCGCGAUGGCAGAAAUGUACUCUGGACUUGACAAAUAUGGGUGCAACACAAUGGCUUCUCGGUUUGUCGUUCCGGUGUGUGCGGUAAUGAAAGGUGAUGGUCCAGCGAUCUUCAUAACAGCGGCCUGUGUGUAUGUCACAGAGCAGGCAGGUGUUGAAAUCGACGCCGGGAAGGUGAUCUUCAUCAUAUUGCUUACUUUCUCCGCUUCCCUCGCUGUUCCGAACAUCCCCAGUUCGAGCAUGGUCUUGGUUGUCACGGUUCUUUCGUCGAUAGGCGUUCCCACCAAGGCCGCGAGCAUUCUCUUUGCCAUGGAAUGGCUCCUGGACCGUUGUCGCUCGGGUAUUGGAGGUCUCUCUGUGAUGUAUUUAUCAGCAACAACUUCGGCGAUUUACGAAAGCAUCAAGAAAAAAAGUGAUGACGAGACUGAGGUGGAGGCCGAGGAAAACGGAGUGGAAUUUGACAAAUCAUCACUAUCAGCCACCAGUUUGGUCUGA